AUGGCGGACUCUAGUCCCGCCACUUCCAUUAUCGAGGGUACUGUAAAGUUCCGAGAUGGGAAAAAGGAAAUUGAACCACUACUUGUCCUCUUUACUAAGAGAAACGCUAUAUAUGUCUUAGCUGUACGAAUAUCGGUACAGGCGGAAGAGGAGGCUUCAUAUCACAUAAUGCCCAACUCACUGCUGCUCAAUUUACUAAAUGUCCGCAGAGCUGCGGCUCUUAAUUAA